UUGUAUAUAUUUGGAAUUUUUCAUUCAAUGCUUUUUUUGUGGUUUUUGGAUUUCGAACCAGUGCUUCAAUAAUUGAAUCUUUCAUGGCUUGGGAUCUAUGGAGUUCAUCUUUUGAUCAAGUUUCUUAUGAUCGUAACUACUCGGAGAUUCUUGAGUGGCAUUGUGAUUACUUUGGCUGUGGCCGUGAUGAGAUUGAGGAAGAUGCUUUGAAUGUGGAAUCAUGUGUUCAGGUUUUGAGAAUUUUGCUCACUAAGGCAGAUACUGAAAUUGAGGAACUUGAAAAGGAUCUCAUGUGCCUUCAGAAUGAAUUGGCCUGGACUGAGAAUGAAAACUGGCCUGAAAUAUGUUGUAAUGCUUUGAAUGAAAGAAUCAACCGGCUUGAUGUUGCGGUUACCAAUUUGAAGAGUGGUCAUGCAGACGGUGCAGAUAUGCAGCUACUAUUAAACAGUGAGCCUGCUGAGACACUUCAUGAAAUAGUGAAGGCUUUACAUAAAGAUCACUGUCAAGAUACACAUGGCCAGCAGCAUCUAGAAGAGAACAUCAUGAAUCCAAUUGUGAAUGUUACUGAACAUGCACCAGAUAAUGGUUCUAACAAUAUUGACUCAAAUGAUAUCAUAAUGGAGGGAGGAGAAGAAGACUCUGGAGCUUCAGACCUGUCUAAAAGCUCAGAAUAUCUUAUAGAGCUUCAUGGAAAUAGAUCAGAUGAUCCUGAAAAGACCGAGACCAAGGAAUUGCUCGCAUUAUCUCCUGUGAGAAGUCCUGAUUUGGAGGUUGUUAGCUCUGUACCUUACCAUUCUGAUAGGAUGAUAUUAUCUGAUACAUUAGAUGAUAAAGUUACGAAAGAUGAGGAUGUCAGGCAAAGCCAACUCGUUACUACAGAUACAUGUCAAAUCUUGAAUCCUUUUUUGUCCAAGGGAAAUGGAAAUAUUCCAAGUGAAGCCAAGGAAGAAAAUACAGAUCUCAAAGAAAAUGUUUGCUCAGAUGUUAAUAGACUUGCAAUUAUCAAAGGGAGUCAACUCAUUCUUGUGGAGUCAGGUCAAAGUUUGAAUCCGAUUUUGUCCAAGGAAAACAAAAAUAUUCCAAGUGAAACCAAGGAAGUAAAUAUAACUGUCAAAGAAGAAAAUGUCUGCUCCGAUGAUCAUAGGCUGGCGAUUAUCAAGGGGAGCCAACUCAUUGCUAAAAAUACAGGUCAAAUCUUGAAUCCAUUUUCGUCUAAGGGAAGUGGAAAUAUUCCAAGUGAAGCAAAGAUUGUGCAGGAAAAAAAUACGAAUCUCAACGGAAAUGUAUGCUCAAAUACCCUUGAAAUUAUCAAGACGAUGGAAAUGUGUUCCAGAUUUGGUACUGGCCAACAAGAAGAAACUGAAAAUUCUGAUUUAGCUACAAAACUGUGUCAUUUUGCACCAAAAACUGCACGAAGAGUCUGCUGGAAAGAAUCCAAGGUUGCUCCAGAUGAAGAUUUGGAAUCUAUGAAUGUACCCCUACAAAUUGUUUAUCCUCAAAAAUUGGGUUUUGGUGAUACAGAAUCAAGUGCCUUUAAAGAAAAUAAUGGCAACAAUGCCCUGCAAGUGAUAAAAUUUGAAACGGCCACUCUUAGUGCUGAAAAUUCUGUAUCAAUUUCACUGCCAGGGAUGCAAAUGAAGAAUGUCCUUUGUACUAGGUUACAGCUGACGGAUGAAGAGAAACCACAAGCCCAAGACACAAAAUCCAAAGUGGCUGUUAACUUCAGCAAGCCCAGUAAACGCUUCACUUUAAAGUCGAAAGCUCAGGGAAAGAAAAAACCUGAAUUUGAGGCAUGCUCUGCCAAAGAACUGUUUCCUUUAGAAGUUUUUACAAGUACAUCUAAGAAUGUAACAACCAAGAGGCAGCGGAAACCAAAAAACGAGUUCAUGAAGGCUGUGCAAAUGGGCCAGUAUGAAAUUGAUGACUAUGCUAUUGUUUUUUCUGACAGCAGUGAUGAUGUAUCAACCAAGAGGCAGCGGAUAUCAAAAAACAAGUCCAUGAAUAGUAAAAUUACUAAGAAGGCUGUGCAAAUGGGCCAGUAUGAAUUUGAUGACUAUACUACUAUUGUUCUUUCUGACAGCGAUGAUGAUGUAUCAACCAAGAGGCAGCGGAAACCAAAUAGCUGUACUGCUGGUACAACCUUAAAUGAGCUCACAAAUAGUAAAGUCACUAAGAGGUCUGUGCAGCUGGGCCAGCAUGAAACUGCUGGUAAUGCUAUUGUUCCUUAUGACAGGAAAUUUUCUGAAUUACAAAAGAAAAGACGAGUUUCAGAGUUGUCAAUUACCUCAGAAGUACAAAAUUCAAUUGUUAACUACUUGGACACAGCAAAUUCAGAUAAUGGAAAAUCGCUUGCAUUGGGGGAUCAUCAUAAUGAGAGCUCAGCUUUGCUCCCUAUUACCUCGACAGAAACCAUGGAAACCUUGAUGCAAAAGACACUGCCUGCAUUGAAGGGCAUAGCAAAGACACUCAAUAUGAAAGGCUUGUCUAAGCUUCGGAAAGCAGAUUUGGUUAAGGAAUUACUUAAGCGACUCAGUAGCUGCUGAACUUACUAUUGGGCUUAAUAGUGGUAGCCCAUUUUUGCCACGCUUUUUGGGUAUCGUUUUUUUUUGUUAGGUCCAGAGCUUCCACGGAAUUUGGUAUAGGAUUCUGACAUAGUUGUGAAAAAUACAUAGGCAAGCUAAAAUGGAUUUUGUGACAGGUUUUUUGUACAGCCUAUAGAUAGAAUACUUCUUUGUAAACGGAAAGAAGUAUUGGUUUUCUUCCUUGCAGCUGUUUAAGUCAUUGGAGACUCGAAACUUGGCUGUUGUGUCACAUUGAACUGCUCUGUGAUCCAAUAUAAUGAUACAGUUCUAUAAAUACAGUAAACAACUACUCCAAACAUUAUCUUGUUGAAUAAGUUUCUGCUGUCUGCAUGAAAGACUAAGUUGUUGAAAUUUUAGGCAUUCACUCCCACUCCCACACAACACAGAAUACACAUUAAUUAGGACAGAAUACACGUUACAAAAUAUUACAAUUUAAUUUAGUAAAAAACGAUUAUAAUUUAACUACAACCGGAUAUAGCACAAAUGGUUGGAGUAAGUGAUGUGAUUAUAAAUAUUUUAAAAAGGUCUUUGACUUUAUUAAUUUAGUCCCUAGCAUAUUUUGAGAAUUACUAAUAUAAAUAAAAUUUGACAAAGUCAGAGACCUU